AUGGAAACACCUCAAACUGCUGCAGGGAAGGCUGGCGCAAUUUUAGCUGCGUUUGCUUUCAAUGUUCUAAUUAAUGUAGGUGGUACGAAUGCAUUUUUACCACAAACUCUCGGAAUAUUUGCGGCUAUUCAGUUUUUGGGUAUUUUUACAACAAUGUUGAUAUUAGAAUCAAAAGGAAAAGGUGUACAUCUCCUCAAAAAAUAUCAAGAUAAAUUCCGAAAAGCUGCUGCUAACUUCACCUGUACGAUUGGCAUAAGUGCCAUUGGCAGAAGUACGAUUGGUAUAAGUAAUGCUAUUAGAAAAUCGACAGAAGAAAAUUUCAUUGUUUAUAUUCUUCACGUAGCCUAUGGUAAUAAUGAUCAAUAUGAUCAAACUCUUCAAUAG